UUCCAAAACUAGCAUGGAAGACAUUCAUAAUGUUUACUUGUCGUUUGCAUUUCUGAAAUGUCAGUAUGGGCCACUGAUUUUCUUGUAGGUUCUGGGGAUCUUUGCUUAGUUGAUCACAAGAAUUGACGAUGUGGCCUGCAUACCCGAGGUUUCUAUUUUCUUCUUCAGGAUUUCGUCUUUUGAAAAUGGCAGCAACUGCUGCUACUGGCCUGCAAAUCAGUGCUGCAAGGCCCUCCAUUUCAUUAACUAACAGAAUUUUCAAGGCUUGCGUAACAAAUGUUGGUGCUGAUUCUAAAGGGAUAUCAUGGGCUAGGCUUGCUAGUACUUAUCAUAUAUCAUCUCUGCAACAUUUUCAGCGCAAUUUCAUGCCAUCUCCUGUAAAAUUUGAGAAGGUUGUUACAAGGGCUAUGUCUGAAUCUAGUGAAAACAAGCCUGCAUCAGUGUUACCAAUUGAUUUGAAAGAUAUUUCCCGAAUAGGAGUUUGUUUCUUGUGGAAUGCAUGCCUGUGAAGAAUCUGACUAA